AUGGAAUCCUUACCAUAUUUAUGCCUUUAAUAAUGUUAUGAAGACCUAUUACUAAACGGAGAAUCCAAAAAUAGUCUAAAUGAUUAAUAAAAACUAAUUCUUGGUGAAUUCUUGGUUUUAAUAGAAUGCAACAGAAGUAAACCAAUUAGAGAAUUCAGCCCAGGAGAUAUUAAAAAAUUAUAGCUACUUAAGUCCAUUAUUAAGAAUGGCAUACUUUUCUCUAACUUUAUGAACUCAUCUCUUUCUACCGUAGAUGAUCCUAACUGCUACAAAGGUAAAUUUAGAUAUGAUCCAAGAUGCAGAUUUUGGUAUAUGAAUAAUUUAAAUUAGACUUCAUUUUUCAUGAAUCCUCCCCUAGUAUCUUUAGGGAAAGUAACACCUUAUUUAUCACAAUAUGGAUGCUAAAAAAUGCUGUAUUAUAAUUCUACAACAAAAAAUAUACAAACUUAUAAAGUAUUGUGUUUAGAAGCUACGCUUACAAAUAUAUCAAAUUAUUUUUAAAAUGUAAUUCAAUCUUCCAAAUAAUACUAUAUAAUUGACCCUAGGACUUUAUCAAUCUUAUAUAAUUCUAAUAAACAAUAUAAUUAUUCUUCUCUCUAAUAAACAGAUAAUUUUUAUAACGAAGAACUUAAAUAUUUGUAGAACAAAACUUAAUCACAAGAAUUCAUUGAUAUAAUAAACUCAAAUUUUAAUAAAUGGACUUUUCUCACUCAAAAUAACUAUACAAGCAUCUAAUAAAUGAUGGAUUUAAGCUAAAAAAAUAUCAUUAUUGAUUAUCAUAGGAAUUCUUCAUUUUACAAAGUGAUAAUAAAUCCAAUUAUAAGCUACGAUGAUAUUCCAAAACAUAUCUCGAAGUACUCUAAAAUAGAGGGCUAGUAGUUGCAAUACGUUUAUCUAUAAAUUAACAUGAUUUCUAAUGAGGAAUUAAAAGCUUAAACAAAUUCAUUAACUCAGUUUUCUUCUCAAUUUUUUUUGAUAAUUUAGAUCGGUUUAGGAGUCUUAACUUUAAUAUUCCUAUUUAUAUCUAGUUAUUAUGGUCUUUAAAUAGCAAAUUUAAUUACUUAGCCUCUCAUUUAUUUGACUAAAGAUUUAAUUCAUAUAAAUGAGUUAAAUAAAAUGAUGGAAAUAUCUGAAAUUAUAAAAGAUUUUGAUAGAAAUGCAGAUGAAUUGUUUUUUUCUUAAGAAACAUAACUUCUCUAUAGAAGUUUUUUUGAGCUUUUUGAAUGCGUUUUAUACACAUCUGAAAAUUUUUUUGUGAAUAAUUAAGGAUAAACUUUAUUAGAAUUAAGUAAAAAAGUAAAUUUUUUUAGAAAGUUUGAAAACAAAUCAGCUGUUGGAAUCAUUCAUAAUAACAUAGGAAAUAUUUUACUGAAUUAAUAGCAUUAUUUCUAAGCUUUAGAGCAUUUUUCACUAGCUAUCAUGUAUGCUAAGUAUGAAAUUUAGCAAUUCUAUAAUGAUAACAACAUUAACUAUUUAUUUGAGAAUAUCUUUUCACUAUAUUAAUUUAAUGAAAGCAACUCUGAAAAAUUAAAAAAAAUGAAUAAUUAAGAAUCCUAAAUUUCUAAUUUAUCUUUCAAGAAAAAAAAUCCUUCUUUUUCUGAAACAUAGAAUAAUUUAAAAACCAAUGCUUUCAAUUUAGAAUAGUAAGCAAAUAAUGAAAAUAUUUAAGGAAAUUCUGAAGCCACUUCUAUGAGUCCUAUAUAACAACUAAUUCCAAAAGAAAUAUUUUAAAAUAAGAAAAAAUAAAAAAACAAAUUUUUAUUAAAUAGUGAAAUUAAUGAUUAAAAUUUUUAAUUUCAAUAAUUAAAUAGAUAUUACGAAAAUUAGGAAAAAUAAAAAUAGUUUUUUGAGUUAAUAGAGAGCUUAAAAUCACGUAUUUACAACUAUAUAAUAAGUUUGAUAGCUUUUUAAGAGAAUUUAGAAAAGAAUUAAAUAGAUUAAUGGAGUUAUAAUUUUUGGCCAGAAAUAAGAUAACUAUUAAAUGAUUUAAUUCAAGUUUAGUCUUUCCUUCCUACAAGCGAAAGUGCUUAAGCUUUGCAUUUAUGUUUAGUUUCAUAAAGUAGUUAUAGAUUAUUUUAAUGUAACGAAGCUGAAUAAAAAUUUUAAGAAGCCAUGCAAAUUACAAAUAAUGAAGGAAAAUAAAUUAAUCAGCUAAAUAUUGAAGAUAAAUUUAAUUUUUUAUUAGAUUCUAAAUAAGUGAAUACUAAAAAAUAUAAAGAAAUGAUUUAUCUACAAAAUUAAAAAAUUUAAAAUAAGUCUUUAAAUAUCACUAAAACUUAUCUUGAAGAUUAAGCUAAACAAUAAUCUUAACAUCAAAAAUUUAUAGGAUAUAGUUAGUUUAAAAUAUUUUCACCUGGCACAAGUGUGUUUGAGAGAGCAAUUUAAAGUUAAACUAAUUCUACCUUUCAAUUAGCAAAUAGUUCUCAUUUUGUAAGUAAUAACUCUAAAUUAUUGAGUUUUUUUUCACCUAAAAACUAGGAUCAAAAUAAUAAUAAGAACAAUAAAAACUUAAUAUUACCUUCGAAUAAAAACUACAAUAAAUAUGAUUUAAGCUUAAGUUGCACUAAAAAAGUUUCUGUACAGAGCUAAAGAAAUUAAAUAGUUAAUAAAAUAUUACAAAAAGAAUUUGAAAAUUAAAGCUAUAGUAGACAUUAUUCAUAUUAAUUGAAAGUACCUUCUUUAGAUUUAGUAAGAGAAUAGUAAGUUGUUUAUGUCUCAUAUGCCUUUUCGGAUAGUUGA